GGCAGCGGGCCGCUGGGGCUGUUCAAGGGGUACUGGGCCACCAACGCGGUGUGGAUCCCCUGGAACGCGCUCUACAUCGCCUUCUACGAGGCAUCCAAGAGGGCGGCAGCAGCCGCUGGCACCUCUCAACCAGGGGGGGCUGCGGGGGCUGCUGCUGGUGAGGGCGGCGAGGCGGCCCUGUCACCGCUGGUAUUGGGGCUGUGCUCGGCAGGCAGCGCCGGCCUGGCAGGGUUGCUGACCCAGCCAGCUGACGUGGUGAAGACGCGGCUGCAGGUGCUGUCCGCCUGCCCGCAGCACGCAGGCAUCACCGCCCUGCAGCUAGCGGGGCGCAUGUGGGCGACGGAGGGACCCAGGGUGUUCAUGACGGGGUUGGCGGCCCGGAUCGUGCAGCUGGCGCCAGGAACGGCGCUGUCCUGGGUGGUGUACGAGCCCAUCAAGCGGGCCCUCUCGCCUCCACCCUCGUCAGUGUAGACCAGGAGUGGGGCGCGCGGGUGCGCCCCUAACCUACCUAGAAAACGCCACAGUUCAACUAUUCAUAGGGCUAAUUGCCCAUGAGAGGGUAACGGAGUCAGUACGGCCGUUCAGAGAUGAUCAGGCGCAAUAGAUCCCAAACAACUCAGGCAGACAGUGGUACAGGCGUACAGAUCCUACGAUCCCAUGUGUCCAGGCACGCACUGGACAAAAAGGUGCUGCAGGCAGCGAGGGUGGUUUACGUAGCGGGAUGAGUUGAAGGGUGUAACUGGGAGUGUAAACCGGAGGCAGCGGGGAACGGCGGCAGGGAUUCCGGAAAGGGGCAGACUGGAAGCAGUUCGCUGUUGAUGCUGUUGAGGGGGAGGGAGGCAGAGGGGCCCGAGGGCCGUCAUGGUGACUGUGCAGCGGCCCCUGACGUGCCUGUCAGGCAGUGCAAUUUAUUGGUUAUAGCUUACAACUACACACAUCGGAUGUGUUGCCGUGUGCUAUAGGUGCAGGCAUCAACAUGUCCCCGCAGCGGCACCAGGCGGGUGCGAACAGGUGCAAUCGGUUCAGACAGAUCGGAAGCUUCAAGACACAAACACUCUUAUUGUAACCCCUGCCAACUGCA